AUGUCUUCCGUCGAUAUCCAAGGCAUCGAAGAGGCCAUGAAGGCCCAGCAGCUCGACCAGCUGCGUGGCUACAGGCAAGACACAUACGGAGAGGUCCAACAAACCCGCCAGACCGAGUACAUCUCAGAGUACCAGGCUACUGGCUACCAGGUCCUCCGGGAGCCGCUGUGGAACAAGGGUCUUGCCUUCCAACCAGAAGACCGUGCCAAGAAGAACCUCACCGGUCUGAUCCCUCAUCAGAUUGAGGACCUCCAGAAGGGAUGCCAGCGUGCUCUCCGCAUGAUUCGCUCCCGCCAGACCAAUGUUGACAAGUACCUGUAUCUGUCAUCGGUCAAGGACCAAAAUGCCGAUCUCUUUUACCGCCUGCUUAUGGACCACGGCAAGGAGAUGAUGCCGCUCGUUUACACGCCUACUAUUGGUGAUGUCUGCCUGCAGUACUCAACCCUUUACACCCGCCCAGAGGCCUUGUACAUUUCGAUUAAGCAGCGAAAGUCUAUCAAGACCAUCCUGAAGAACUGGCCUUACCCAGCCCCUGAGAUCUGCGUCGUCACUGAUGGCUCGCGUAUCCUUGGUCUUGGUGACCUGGGUUUCAACGGCAUUGGUAUCCCCAUUGGCAAGCUCGCUCUUUACACUGCGGCCGCCGGUAUCCACCCUAGCAAGACCCUGCCUAUCGUUCUGGACUGCGGUACCAACAACGAGACCAACCUGAAGGAUGAGCUCUACCUCGGCCUCCGCCAGAAGCGCCCAUCCGUUGCUGAGCAGCAGGCUUUUGCCGAUGAGUUCAUGGCCGCCGCGAAGGAGGUCUACCCAGAAAUGGUUGUGCAAUUCGAGGACUUCGAGUCUGAGAAGGCUUUCAACUACCUCGACCGUUACCGUAACCAGUACAAGUGCUUCAACGACGACAUCCAGGGAACUGGUGCUGUCGUGCUGGCUGGAUAUAUCGGUGCUGCAAGCCUCUCUGGAGUCCCAUUAGAAGAGCAGCGACUCGUCUUCAUGGGCGCUGGAUCUGCAGGUGUUGGUGUCGCCAAGCAGCUCGUUGAGUACUACACUCGCCGUGGUCUCUCGGAACAGGCCGCCAAGGAGAAGUUCUGGCUUGUCGACACCAAGGGCCUUGUCACCAAGGACCGUGGCGACAGGCUGGCUGAGCACAAGAAGUACUUCGCUCGUACAGACAACGGCGGCCACCAGUUCCGCACGCUCGAGGAGGUCAUCGAGUACGUCAAGCCAUCCGCCCUUGUUGGCCUGACAGCUACCUUCGGCGUCUUCACCGAGAGCGUGGUGCGUGCGCUCAAGGCGUCCGUCGACUCUGGCGGCCUUGGCCGCAGGCCCAUCCUGUUCCCUCUCUCCAACCCUCUCACCAAGGCGGAGUGCACCUUCGAGCAGGCCAUCAACUGGACCGAGGGCAGUGUCAUCUUUGCCUCCGGCUCGCCAUUUAGCUCAUACACCGUGAAGACUGCGGACCAGGCCAUCACAUACCACCCCAACCAGGGUAACAACGUCUACGUCUUCCCCGGUAUCGGUCUGGGUGCCAUCCUCGCCAAGGCAACAAGGGUCACCGACACCAUGAUUUACGAGUCCGCCGCCGCUCUGGCUGGCUCCCUGAACGCCGAGGAGAUCCACAAGGGUCUCAUCUACCCACGCAUCGAGCGCGUCCGCGAGGCCAGCAUCAUCGUUGCUCGCGAGGUGAUGAAGGCCGCCAGGCGGGAGGGCGUCAGCGCCCUGCCCGAGGCGCAGUGGAACGAGUGGGAGGAGUGGGGCGAUGUCGCCCUGACCAAGUACAUCAAGAGCAGGAUCUACGACCCGAGGGACUGA